AUGGAUAUCCUCUUCAUCAUCCAACCCUUGGGUGGUCUCGAUCAGUUCCGCGCCCUCAAGCGCUUCGAAUUCAUUCGCCGCUUCCACAUCAUCGAGAUGGGAAAGUCAAUCCUCGCAGUCAUGGACCUGGUGCCAUAUCCAUCUGCCUCGUCGCAACCCUGGAGCCAAUCUUCCGCAUCAAUCUCGCAGAGCUGGGGCGCCUCAUCAGUGUCUGGAAGUUUAGCCGCAUAUGCAUCUUCUUCCUCGCAAUACUGGAGCCAAUCUUCUGCGUACCCAUCAUCCUCGCAAAGUUGGAGCGCCUCUUCGGUUUCAGGAAGCCUGGUGGCAUACGCUUCCUCCUCUCAAUACUGGAGUCAGUCUUCUGGCCUCAGCAGCGCCGUGCCUUCAGCCUCCUCCGCACUACCUUUGCAGUCGUCGGAGAUCGUGAUGCACCCGUCUUCUUCGUCGGGCUUUGCGGCGCCUUCUGGUUCUUCGAUUGAUGCAUCUCUGAGCGCGAGCGCAUCAUUGUCCUCAUCUGCAUCGCUAAGCUCCCAAGUGGUUUCAUCUUCACUACACGCUAUAUCAAGUUCCGAGAUAGCCAAUUCCUUCUCACAACACGUCCCGCUGAGCUCUAGCAUGGCAGCCUCGUCUUCAGCGCUGCCCAGUCCAGCAGAGGCCAUCUCAUCAUCUGCUUCCGCACAUGCCAGUUCGUCGGCACAAUCAAUGAGCUCUGGGUGGAUCGUGCCGUCCGCGUCCGGUCCGGUUAGCUCACAAUCCAGUUCGAAUGGACCCGUCCCCAGCAUCAGCAGCGGCGCUGUGGGCUCAUCUUCGCAGGUCGGCAGUAGCUCGUCCUGGGUCAUCUCCUCCUCACAGUAUCCCUCGCAGCCCAGUGCGAGCGAAGCUGUUCCGCGCAGCAGCAUAUUUUUGAGCGCAUCCGCUUCAGCCCAUCCUUCUUCAAGGCUGGGAUCCACUUCAUCCGUUCCUUCCGGAUCGUCAAUCCAUGGUGGACCGUCGUCCUCUCUCCCCUGGCCAGCAGCAUCAAGCAGUGUCUCCAAUGGAGCUGGCUCUUCGUUCUUGCAGUCCAGCCACGCCCAGUCAUCCUCGGAGGCAGUGAUGUCCUCUUCUCUGCCGACGCUGUCCUCUUCGCCUGGCAUUCCGUCUUCCUCGAACUUGGGAUCCAGCGAUCAUGCCUCCUCAACGCGCAUCCCUGAGAGCAGUGCGCCGGCCAUCUAUAGCAGUCUUUCCGCUUCAGCAGGGCCAUCAUCCGGCUCUUCGGAACCUGUGUUAAGCUCUUCUGCUUCGGUCCCGGUGUAUCCAUCGAUGAGCAGCGGACAAUCAUUCUCGAGCUCCUCACACUCUAUUCCAGUCGAACCUCAUUCCAGCUCGGCAGCGGUGUUCAGCAGCUCAAGUUUUGCCCCUGCCUAUUCGGUCUCUUCGAACGCUCCGAGCUCUUCGUCGGCGCCUGUGACUUAUCCCGCACCGCCGCCGCACGAAACAUGCACCACCAGGACGCUCACUUAUCCGGUAACUACGACCUACACUACCAAGGAACCAUGCCCGACUAAGCCUUCGUCGACUACCACACGUACCAUCACGACAUCGUACAUGACAACUGUGACGACGACAAUCACUUUCACUGUUUACCCAACGCCACCAGCAGGGCCUCAUGGUGGCCAGCCAUCAUACCCACAUGGCCCGGGAAAGCCAGUAUAUGGUGACCACAGCCAGCCACCAAAAGGCUAUCCAGUGGAGCCCAACCAUGGUCAGCCAGCCCAAGGACCUCACAUGGAACCCAGCCACGGGCAGCCACCGAAGACCAACCCAGGCCACCCAUCUAGCCCAAUAGGUGCCGAGCAUCACCCCGCUGGUCCAGCUGAGCACUCUGGCGGUCGGCCCUGGUGGUACACGUGGACUCCAUCUUGGGAGCCAAGCAAUGGCAGCAACAAGCCAGAUGGCGAAGAUCACAAGAGUCAUUUCAGUGGUCACAAGAAUGGCACCAUCGGCAACUCCUAUGGAUCCACGAACGGCACCUUCAACGUCCCCAACAAAGAACAUCCCGAAGGGCAAUACACCCACGACGGUCCUGCCCAGGAGUCUGAAUCCGGCCCAACCAGCUGGUUUGCCAAAUUCUUCGACUCCUGGUGGAAGCCAGCCGGUGAGCAGGGUCGCGAGCAGCAUCCUCGUGGCGGUUGGUAA